UGAAAACAAAAAAAAUGAAAAUCUUGAUUCUUAUGUUGACGACAGUCAUAGUAAUCUCAAUGCUUAGCUUGGUGGGCGCGUGCCGAUCAUACUGUGGAAAUAUAACCGUGGAUUAUCCAUUUGGAGUCCGAAAUGGAUGUGGGCAUCCAGGGUAUAGAGAUCUUUUGUUUUGUAUGAAUGAUGUGUUGAUGUUUCACAUAAGUUCAGGUUCUUAUAGAGUGUUGGAUAUUGACUACGCGUAUCAGUCGAUAACGCUGCAUGAUCCUCACAUGUCGAACUGCGAAACCAUUGUUCUUGGUGGCAAAGGCAAUGGCUUUGAAGCUGAGGAUUGGAGAGCCCCUUAUUUCAAUCCUACCUCUGAUAAUGUCUUUAUGUUGAUCGGUUGUUCUCCCAAAUCUCCUAUCUUUCAAGGCUUUCCGGAAAAGAAAUUACCAUGUCACAACAUCUCUGGAAUGAGCUGUGAAGAAUACAUGUCUUGCCCAGCAUGGGAUAUGGUUGGAUAUAGACAACCGGGUCUAUCAUCCGGGUCGGGUCCACCCAUGUGUUGUGCGAUUGGAUUUGAAUCAGUAAAAGCGAUAAAUCUAAGUAAGUUGGAGUGUGAAGGAUACAGUAGUGCAUACAAUCUCGCACCCUUGAAGCUUAGAGGACCUUCUGAUUGGGCUUAUGGAAUACGAGUCAAGUACGAGCUACAAGGGAGUGAUGCGUUUUGUCGUGCUUGUGUUGCAACUUCCGGUACUUGUGGCUACGAAUCUGCUGACGGUGGAGGGCUCAGGCACGUUUGCAUAUGUGACCACCACAAUUCUACCACAAACUGUGAUUCAGUUGUAACACCAAGCGGUGCAUCUUCAAAUGUUCGACCAUAUACCAUUGGAUCACUGAUCCUCUACUUCAUAACUAUGAACAUAGGGUUUCAAAGAAGACAAUGACAAUACCCAUUAAUAAUGUCUGGAAUCAAGCCUCUAUUUUUUACUUUACUCAAACAUUUUGUUCAUUGCUUGAAAUUAUUUUGACCUUUUGUAUGUAUUCCCACGAAACUUGAUUAUACACCAAAAUUAUAGACUUAAUAACAUGUAGUAAAAAUCCCAAGAAACAUAUUUC